AUGUCACCAUACUUCUAUAACUUACCGAUAGAAGAAUGCAAAGACAAAAUACUCUCCACCGUGGAAAGAUCUAAGGUAUGCAUAAUCAAAGGGCCUACGGGAUGUGGGAAAUCAACAUAUAUCCCAUACUUGCUGUCAUCAUGCUUCCCCUCCUCCAGGAUUGCUGUCGUAGAGCCGCGCAGAAUAGCAGUUACAUCACUGCACAAGACUCUUUCUAGUGCAAUGGAAGGCGUCGGAUACAAGAUGAGAUUCAACAAGAGCGUCGGCAAGGACACCAGAACGAUUAUAUAUACGGAUGGGAGCUUUCUGAACGAGAUCGGAGAAAGCGAGUUUGACUACAUCAUUGUCGACGAAGUGCAUGAAAGAUCUGUUAGGACGGACAUCAUCCUGGGACUACUUAGAAGCAACAUUAAGAAUAUAAAAGGAAAGGUGAUAUUGAUGAGUGCAACCGUCGAUACUGCAAAAGUGUCCAGAUACUUCAAAGCAGAUGUGCUCGAUAUUCCUGGAGCGGGCCAUCCUGUAAAGAUAGAGUAUCUACCUGAGUGUACCAGCGACUAUAUCGUGGAGUCCUACUGCAUCAUCAAGAGGAUAGCACUCUCAAAAGAGGAUUCAUGGGACGGGUUUGAGCCAGAAAACAAGGGCAUCCUGGUCUUUCUGCCCGGAGAAGAGGAUAUCAAUGACCUAUAUGGACUGUUGAGAAAGCUCCCUGCCAUAAGGGUUUACAAAAUAUUUUCUGCGCUAAGCGAUAAGGAGCAAAGCAAGAUCUACGAGCCCUGCAGCCUAAGAAAAGUUAUUCUUUCGACCAACAUAUGUGAAACGUCCCUGACGAUACCCGGCAUUGGAUAUGUUCUGGACUCUGGGCUUCAAAAGGUGAAGAUAUAUGACCAAAUGAGCCAUCUGGGGAUUUGGUCUAUAUCCAAGGAAUCGGCAGACCAACGAUUAGGAAGGUGCAACAGAACUGGGCCGGGAACAUGCUACCGGCUGUAUACUGAAAAUAUGUACGGCACGCUGCCACUGCAGCAGAGCCCGGAAAUCUGCAGAUCUGAUUUGUCCCAGGCUUUUCUGCUGCUUCUGAGCUACAGAAAGAAUCCACUUAGAUUUGAAUUCCUGGACUAUCCUACCCGCGCGAAUGCCAUUAGCGCCCUGAGCUUUCUUCUAGAGAAGGGAUGCAUUAGUAUCUCUAGCAUAAGAGAAGAUCUGAGAUGUUGUUUGAACUCCUCCUUGGUUCGGCAUGAUGGCGCCGUUCCGGACCCGACGGAACUGAGUCUGGACGACAUCAGACUCAAGAUAACAAGAUAUGGGAGAACUGUGCUCAGACAUCCAUUUGAUGUCCAUCUGUCUCACUUUUACCAGCAAUCGUUGGGCAGGGACGUCGGGUACCUAGCAUCCAUCUUGGUGUCUCUAGUGAGCCAGGACAGCUGUAACUUUUUGAAGUACAAAAAUAAGAGCCAGAAAACAGACAUUGAGUUUCUUGUAUGUCUUUUUGAGGGAUACCUGGAGUCCGAAGAUAAGAAGCAGUACUGUGCAAAACAUGAGGUUGGCAUAAAGCACAUGGAGAUCGCAAAGCGGAUAUUCUCAGCACUUAAUAGAAAGAAGGAUGGAGACAUUGAAAUGAUAGAGAGGGUUUUCAGCCUCGCAUAUCAGCACAAUCUCUGCGAAAGAAUGAAGGAUGGAAGCUAUAAACACCUCAGGGGAGGCAGUGUGGUGUGGAUACAUCCUAGCAGUUGCUUUUUCAAGCGCAAGGAUAGAUUCAUUGUGUUUGUAGACAUCUUCCACACGACUAAGGCAUAUGCAAGAGUUGUGGGACGGUACUUUAAGGCAGCCUAA